AUGUCUGUCUCUCUACCUCCUCCGAGCACCGAGGGGCACGGUGCGGUACAGCUGCACGAGCAUAGCAACGCCAACCUUCUCAAGAUCGACACCCAUGACACAUACUCCACCGUAGGCGCCAUCAAGAAGCUCAUUGUGAAAGCCGUACCAGCGGAGGAACGCGAAGCACCGCCGCAGCCGCUUCUCAAGGGACUUAUCCGCAUCAACAAGAAUCCCAAGAAUGCGUACCUCUUCAUGGCCUUCGAGACCCCUGAGGACCGUGCGGCCGCCUCCGCCGUGCUACAGACCAUCUCCCACCGUGGCCGCCCGUGGACGGAGACGGCGGUGUCGCCACGCGACUUGGAGCUCACACACAAGGGUGGUGUGAAGCGUCGGCGCGACGGCGACAAUGGCAAUGGGAGUAGCAAGCUGACACAGUACGAGCACCUUCACAUGGAGGAACAGCUGGACUGCAAGAAGCGGCACUGUCUUAACGUGAUGCGGAGAAUUCUGCCCGCCGGCGUGUAUGGCUACGCCGCCUUCCAAGACCGCUUUGCCGGCAUCCUCACAAGCCCCAUGACGGAGGGCUACCGCAACCACGUCAACCUGUCGUUUGGGUUCUGCGCAGAUGGCAGUACGCCGGCGUUGGGCUUCCAACAGGGCUCUCUCGUGGAGGGAACGGCCGCCGUCCUCCCCGCCACGCUGCCCGAUAAGGACAUUGUGACGAUGAACUCUGCCGCCAAGGUGGUGGCCGCAGCGCUGAUGGGCGUGUGCAUGGAGUUCAGAGACGUCGCGAGGGGAGCCCUCGACGUCUUUGAUAAAGUUAAGGCCAGCGGGUUCUGGCGCAAGCUGCAAGUGCGUCACAACGUAAAGGGCGAGGUGAUGAUGGACGUAGAGGUGGAUGUCGCCAGCACGACCGCGGACGUGUGGACAGCGGUGCGACAGCGCCUCGUGGAAGUCUUCACGUCUGAGGAGAUGCGUGUCAAGCUGGUUGCAGCGACUGGUCUGUCCACAGCGGCCGUGGUGAGCCUCCAGUGCCACACACACACGGGAAUCAGCUCCCUGCCCCUCGACGUGCCGCGCGAGGUGCUGUAUGGCGCACCCACCCUCACCGAAUACCUUGCGGAGCUGUGCUUUGAGCUUAGCCCGACAGCGUUCUUUCAGGUCAACACGCCGGGCAUGGAAAAGAUGCUGACGAAGGUGGCUGAGGUGGCUGAGCUGUCGACGGGCACAACGCUGCUGGACUUGUGUAGUGGCACAGGGACGAUUGGGCUGACGCUGUCGAAGCACGUGAAGCGCGUUAUCGGCAUUGAGCUGGUGGAAUCGGCCGUUGCGAAUGCGCGGCGAAACGCUCAGCAGAACGGCAUCACCAACGCGGAGUUCCAUUGCGGACGUGUGGAGCACCUGCUCCCCUCCGUCAUCAGCAGCCUGCCUGCCGAGGACCGCGGCGACAUUGUGGUCAUCCUCGACCCGCCCAGGGCGGGGGUGAACAGCACAGUACUGAAGUGGAUUCGCGGCAUGGAGACGAUACGGCGUGUGGUAUACAUUUCCUGCGAGCAGAAGGCGCUGGAGCGGGAUUGCCCUGGGCUGACGAAGCCCAGCACCAAGUCGUAUCGAGGCACCCCGUUCGAGGUCACUGCAGCUUUUGCCGUCGAUCUUUUCCCGCACACACAUCACGUGGAGAUGGUUGCAGUGCUUACACGUCGCCCAGCAAGCGCUGCAGCCCCUGCAAGCGAGUUGGCACCAGCAUCAGCACCAGCGCCGCUGAGUGCAGAACGCGUGGCCGAAGAGGAGACAGUCGCCGACGCUAACGGUGGCUGCGUCGAGUAG